CACACUUCACACAUGACGGAAGAGAGCACAGACGCUGGCGCCGAGGCGUACCAAGCGUACCGAGAAAAGUCGAAUGCGACGAUUGCAGCCCCUAAUGGACCUCUCUUGCGUGUGAUUCGACCGCCCAACGGCCAAGAGAUAGACUCCAAACGCACCGACUUGAUUGUGACCGCCGAGGAGCUGCUCAGUCACGACAUGGACGAGCUCAAAGAGGCCACCCACGUUCGCAACGUCGAAAUCCAAAAGCACUUUGACGCCAUCAACGAGCGUAGUCGGCACUUCGAAGAAAAACUAAGUGCCGAGAUGAAAGCUCGCGACGAAUCCAUCGCGGCUCUCCGCGCAGGGUUCACAGACGCGUUUGAGAGUGCGUUUGCCGCGAUGGCGGUCAAGGCGUCGGAUGCAUUCCACGUCCGGCUCGACGAGACAAUCCUGGCCCAAGAAAUGCGAGAGGACAACGUGCAGGUCCAAUUCAACGAAUUCAUCAACGUGACAAUUCCCAGCAUUAUCGAGGCGCUCCAAGGGACGAUCACGAGGCGGCUGGACAAGUCCCACGAGACCUUUGACAUUGAUAACACCAAGUUGCUCAAACGGGAGAAGAAAAUGACGAACCAAGUCGAAUCCCAUGAGCGGAAAACGGCGCAGGCGUUUGUGGACGAGAAGGAGCGGCGGUCGACGACGUUUGUGGCGUUGCAGGAAGAGAUGCACACCACCAUGCGCACCGACGACCGACAGGCUGAGAAGAAGCAGAGCGGCAUGAUUGAGACGAUUGUGGCGCUGACGAGUCAGUAUGAUGAAGUGCGACGGGUGAGGGAAGCGGAGGACGCCGAGCUGCUCGAGAAAGUGUCAAGUGCGAUGGAGCGGCUGCACACGAGCAUCUUGAGCUCGUUCGGAGAAGAAAAGGAGGGCGUCGGCGACACGUGAGGUUUACAAAUGGAGACUCUGGCAUCGAUUCCAC